AUGUACUUCUCAAUCGGGUGGCCACGGGUGCUAAAUAGUGAACCGCAUGGAAUCAUCCGGAAAGUGGUAUGUGAUCGUGUGAAAAUAUUAUUCGCUGUUCUGGCAGACGACGCUGUUGCCAUUUGGUAUUCCAAGCCCUGUGUUCCGAUUACGAACAGAAGCAGGAAUUCAAAGUGUAUAGCAAAAUACGGCACCAACAGCAACGUCGAAUGGAAACCCGAUUCAAGCAUGCUUUUGGUGGUUACUGGGGGUACUUCCCAGGGCGGCACUUUGUUCAUGUACACUCUGAUUGUGAACGAUACUCCGAAGGGUGUCUAUAAUCAAAAUGAUUCACCAUUCACCAAUCUUCGACGAGACAGUGCCGAGUUAUUUCUCAAGGAGAUCAUUCCCUGUUUGAAACUGUCGUUAACUUACCGCGUUUGUCUUUACGUCCCAAUUUGCUGCGUUUCUUGCAUAAAUGUAACUCAAAUUAUGAUAGCAACACAGGAAGGACGCGUGGUUCGCUUGAACUGGGAGGGCAUAGAGGAACGCGACUACGCACUUGAUCUAAAACGAAUCCCAUUUAGUAUUAACCAGCAAGUCAGUUACGCCGUCCCUAUUCUAGAAUCAAACGUAUUCGUGGUCUCAAUUGACUACUCUCCAUUGUUAUGCGGUUUUGCCAUCACAUUGAACGACGGACGAGCAGCAUUUCUCACCGCAAACAACACAAAGUUUGACCCCAACCAAGUACAAGGAAUCUGGUGCCAAAACGUUGACGAUGCAACAUGCACCGUCAUCAACCACAAGUACCGUUUAAUAGCAUACGGUCGUAAGAAUUCUCAGACUAAUAUGUACGUAGUCGAUGAUGUAACCGGCGGCCUGGAACUGUCGCACAGGUUAUCACUCAGUGCAAAGGAUUUUCCCGGUUCACCCGGUUCCGUGCGUGACUUACGCUGGACCCCCGAUGGUUGUGCCAUCGUAGUCGCAUGGACAAACGGGGGCAUAUCAUUGUGGAGCACAUUUGGGUCGCUGCUACUUUGUUCACUGGCAUGGGAUUAUGGGUUGCAUGUGGAUUUAGCUAAAAAUGAUCCCUUUAACGUGGUCAGCAUGGACUGGUCAACGGAAGGAUACCAACUUCUGAUGGUGCGUCAGAAGAGUGUAGAAGAACAUAAUAUAGUGAAAACUACGAAAACAAUAGCCAAUGCAAGCAAUGAAAGCAACACUCAUACGACUGUGUUGAUGCAGUUAGACUUUGUCAAAAGUAUUCUAACUAUUAACCCGUGCAUGAGCAAUAAUUCAUUCCUGCUUCUGCAAGGGGACGAUAAGCUAUACAUCAACCACGGCGAUGUGUUGCAGAAUAUUUAUCCUUGUAACAAAUCACCCUACGACAUCCACAAUGAACGUGAGUCUUCAAACUUGGGUAAAAACGAUGAAUUGAACAAAGAUAUUUCCUGCGUGACGACCGAAGACAUCCCUACUUCGGCAGAGGUGGGAAGUGAUAACUAUAUCAAGUUCAACAGUGUUCUCUCGGAAAGCAAACACUGGGUUGUGCUGAAUCUACCUACUGCUUACAUUUCUUCAAAUUGGCCCAUUCGUUACAGUGCCAUCGACUGUUCCGGCACCAACGUGGCCGUCGCAGGCCGCACCGGUGUUGCAUUGUAUGCUUUCAACACUCGCAAGUGGAAACUGUUCGGUAAUGAAACACAGGAGAAAGAUUUUGUUAUUACGGGUGGUUUGCUAUGGUGGAAAGAUUUCGUCAUAAUGGGCUGUUAUUCCUUGAUAGGUUUCCACGACGAGCUUCGCAUCUAUUCCAAGGACUGCAAAUUGGAUAACCGUUUUGCUGUUAUAACGAAAAGCGCUAGUCCUGUUAUGUUAAUAAAUAUUUUUCGAGACCAGCUUGUUGUUUUCACUUCCGAUGGGCACCUUUCUAUAUUCGCACUUCAGUAUACUGGUGAUGGCAACGAUAGCGGUGGCGUUCAGCAUCGGGUCGAGUUAAUCAAGAUGCAUAUCUACGACAUCAAAAACGUUUGCAUUCACCCCGCUUGUGUGAUAUCAGUACUAAUGACCAGCUUAAAAAAUGAGAGCGUCGGUGGUUCCCGUCCAUCGACGAGUAGCUAUGAGGCCUCGCUCUCGGAAACGCUUAUUAUGAAUGUUUCCGGGCGUGUGCUAAUGGUACAGACCGACCAACAACAUCACCACAACGGUAGCACCAGAUCCGGCGAUGGCAGUUCGACCAGCAACACCAACACCGGUAUUAGUCAAUUAACGUCGACUUGCCUUGCAUCAUCGGUCGAGUGCAUCUGGGUGUCGGAGUCCAACAAAACACAUAUAAAGGAAUCUCUCUGGUUGUAUUGUGGGGGUUACGGAAUGCGUGUUUGGUUACCAGUGUUUCCCCGUAGCGGAGAAACUGGUUCGCGAAGCCUUCGACACACGUUCAUGAGCAAGCGCAUCAUGCUUUCGUUCACUCUGAAGAUUUAUCCGCUCGUCAUACUUUUCGAAGACGCCAUCAUUUUGGGCGCAGAAAAUGACACACUGCUGUACACUAGCGAUCCAACGGUUUACUUUUCUCUUCCGUAUAAUGCACUUAAAAGAACGAGCCAAGUGUAUUUGCAUCAAAUCCUGCGGCAGCUAAUUCGCCGCAAUCUCGGAUACAAUGCAUGGGAAAUCGCACGUUGUUGCACGGAUCUUCCAUACUUUCCACAUUCUCUUGAGCUCUUAUUGCACGAGGUGCUUGAGGAAGAAGCGACAAGCAAAGAGCCAAUUCCAGAUGCACUACUACCAUCGGUGUUAGAGUUCAUCCAUGAAUUUCCGGUCUAUCUACAAACCGUUGUACAGUGUGCUCGCAAGACGGAGAUAGCUCUGUGGCCGUAUCUCUUCUCUAGUGCUGGCAAGCCGAAGGAAUUGUUUCAGAAGUGUAUGGUCGAUCGUCAGCUGCAGACGGCGGCAAGUUAUCUGAUCAUACUACAAAACCUCGAACCAUCGUCCAUAAGCAGACAGUAUGCGACAUUACUGCUAGAUACGGCUCUAGAACAGCGUGAUUGGGCGCUUGCAAAGGAUUUGGUACGAUUUUUACGUGCAAUCGAUCCGAACGAUGUUGAAUCGCCUCGUUCAUCUUACAUUUUUGGAAACAAGAUUGGUGGUGGAUUGAUAGGCGCUGGACCACCAGCACCGAAUGCAGAAGAUUUAAGUCUCAUUCUGGGAAGCAGUAUGACGAGGGGCCGUAGCUUCUCUACCACCAUACCGUAUCCGAAAGCUAAUGACGGAGCAGCGACUGUGGUAAACAAAGAGAAGAACCUUAUGUUCAACGGCCCUGUGGGAACAGCGAUGGUACAGCAGACAGUUGGCGGAGGCACCGGCACAAACGAUGUGUAUCCUUUCGACCGGCAAGUUCAGCGAAGGAAGAAAAGUGUGCCAAAUACGCAGAUUGAACGCGAUUCAUCAAGUACGGAAGAGUUUUUUAUCGAUGUGGUUCUGCAGCGCUAUGCCCGACGAUUUUUGCAACUACGCAAGCUCGAAGAUCUUGGCUACAUGAGCGCAACGCUCGACUUUCACUUGGUUGGCUGGCUGAAUCGCGAAAAAGAUCGUGCGGCUCGCAUCGAAGAUUUUGUUUCAGCCCUCAAGACGCUACAUGAUGAGCUAGAUUGGCCAAAACCUUGUCUCGACCUAUCGCUUCUCUCCAAUGUCAUCGGAGCGCGGCAAAUCACACACUCGGAACCGUCACCAUCGCCAACUUUAAACCAAUCCAUCAAGUCUCCACUCUUUGAGUUGGCCACAAGCGGGACCGUCGAUUCAGGUUACAAUAGCUUGCCGUUUGUAAGACCGCUUAAUGUGAUCGUGAGCGGACUAACUGAGUGUCAACAAACGUCUAGGAAAGGCAAUGGAAAGCAUCAAUCAUUGAGAUUGCUGCAACAACAACACGUUCAAGAAAAAGAUAUAGCAAUUGAAGAAGCUGGUAUCGCACCUAUUGAGGUAAUGGAGGCGAAUCUUAUGCCACUGAGUGAUGCCACGAGUGUCCUUUCCGAAACCGCUCAACCCCAAUGGCCUGACGAUGUACUGACCGGUUGUAGUGAUGCUGGCGGUCGCAGAAGCUUCACACCAGGGGAGGCUACUUUUAGUCGGGCGAUGGAAAAGAACAUUUCUAAACAAACAAAAACAAAUCGCCGGAAACAACACAAGCUUGAAAUUCGAAUGCGCUACCUGCUUCAGAUCUUUACGGAAGCACACUGCUACGAGUUCGCUCUUCUCCUUUCUGUCCUUCUUCUCGACGUGGCUUCCGUCGGUCGCAUCACAAACGCUGCAAUCCGUUCCAAAUCGCUCGUCGUCUGCCGUCAACUUCGGAAUGGAUUAAAGGACAUGACGCGCUGGAGUUUUAACGAGUGUCUUGCGUAUCGCCCGUUUAUGAUAGCUCUUCAGCAGCAACUGGCAAUGUUGGAUAAAUUUGUAAUACAGCAAGAAGCGAUACCAUCGCUAAUGCAUACAGGUCCGGUACUUUCGACACUGGCGACCAUUCCUAUGCAUGCCCAACGUACACUACAGGAUACGGCCGGGAGCAGCAGCGUGAGUGCGGCAGUUAGCGGCGGAACAGCACUAAUAAAGGACCACCAUUUAGCGAAGGAACUCGAAAAGAGCAUCAGUAAUGGAACAGUUAGAAGAAUGAAUUCCGGUUCGUCUGUGAUUGAGGCUACUGGCAAUAGUAAUGUCGGCGAGAUUUGGAAGUGGCAAAUGUACAAAAGAUAGCGCGAGGAAAACCUACAACCGAAAAUCGUUUCAUAAACUCGGCUGUUAUCACCGAAGAAACGGAACGAAUGUGCAAUGUUAUGUAAAUAAAUAAAAUGGGUAACUAAAGCGAAGAAGGGAGGACUUCAGUUGAAAAACUAAAGAAUACUAUUCAAUGCGUUGACAUUAUUUAUGAUUUUCUUUGUUGUGCACUACAUGAGGGUAAAUUCAGAACCACAUUCUGUCCACACCGAUAUGAUGGAAAACUGCAAUGCUCCUAAUACUGCUUAGUAAAGGCGAAUGCCUUAAUGAAUUCAUAGCCAGAUAUCAAUCGUUUUAAUAUCACCUUAGUCGACGGGUGGAC